UACUAUUUUUGCCAAAAAAAAAAAAAACUUUUCAAUCCCAUUUUUCCCACUCCUCAAAAUUCAAAACCCUAGCCCCCAAUCCGCCACGCACAGAACACACACACUCACUCCCUCACUCCCUCACUCCGUCACCCACUAGCUCAUCAAAGCCGCACAGCGAUAUGUCGCAUUUCGGCCGAUCUGGUCCUCCAGAUAUCAGAGACACCUUUUCUCUCCUCGUUCUCAACAUCACUUUCCGAACCACUGCCGACGAUCUUUUCCCUCUCUUUGACAAGUACGGCAAGGUAGUCGAUGUAUUCAUACCCCGCGAUCGGAGGACUGGAGAAUCGAGAGGCUUUGCGUUUGUGAGGUAUAAAUACGCUGAAGAGGCGCAGAAAGCAGUUGAUAGGCUUGAUGGGAGAGUUGUAGAUGGGAGAGAGAUUAUGGUGCAAUUCGCUAAGUAUGGGCCCAACGCUGAGCGAAUUCGGAGUGGGAGGAUAGUGGAAUCAUCUUCAAAGAUUAAAGGUAGGUCCAGAAGCCGCAGCCCUCGUCCAAGGUAUCGAGAUGGCUAUAGGGACAAGGACAAGGAUAGGGAUUACAGAAGGAGAAGUCGCAGUAGAAGCAAGGAUCGUUAUGACCGUGAUGGGUAUCGAGGUAGGGAUAGAGAUUAUCAUCCCCGAAGCGUGAGCCACAGCCCAGAUCAUCGCAAAGAAUAUGGUAGAGGACAUGAUGAGAAACGACACCGUCGGAGCCAGUCUCAUGGAAGCCCUAAUUCUCCAAGGAGCCCUUCUCCACACAGGGCAUAUCCUAGGGAUGGAAGUCCUAAUGGACGUAAUGAUAACAAACACUCACCUAAUGGAAGCCCUAAUUCUCCAAGGAGCCCUUCUCCACACAGGGCACAUCCUAGGGAUGGAAGUCCUAAUGGAUGUAAUGAUAACAAACGCUCACCUAAUGGAAGCCCUAAUUCUCCAAGGAGCCCUUCUCCACACAGGGCACAUCCUAGGGAUGGAAGUCCUAAUGGACGCAAUGAUAACAAACGCUCACCUACUUCAAAGAGUGUCUCACCUUGCAAUGAACCAGUUGAUUCUUGAGCCCAUUAACAUGAUACCGAUGAAUGUUGGGAAUUCCGUUCGUGGAGUAGUGUGUUCCUUUUGUAAGACUUAUGACAUGCUAGAAUUAUCUUUUUGAUGGAUGAAACAUUGUAUGUUGGAUUUAACCAACUUAUGCUUUUGAAGGUUACAUAUAUCUACGUUCUUGGUGCAUUGCUCUCCAAAUUUAGGCUUGAUCGAAGUUUUUGUACCUGCUCUCAUUGCCUGAUGCUGUAUGAGUCUCUCAGGUGUUUCUUGCUCAUUCACAUGCUAUUGCUUUCACAUUCCAGCUUUGUUGCUUGCCAUUGUCGAGACUUUACUACCUCCGGGUGGAUUCCUUUUCCUUUGUUCCUUCCCACUGUGAUUCCUUGGUUCAUUACUUCCCUUAAAUGAUCUCUCUUUCCGUAAUGAUUGUCGUGUCCAAUUCUAUUACUAAAUGUUCUAAUCAAUAUGAUUUCUCAUGGUUCAUUUAUAUUGGCCUUAUAUAGUGUUUUUUAGGAAGUGUGAAUGAUGCUGACUGGAAGAGGAUGCACCAGCUAUCGCUGCUACUCUGCCAUCAACGAUUUCAUAUUAAUGCUGGCCAAUCUGGUGUUUUAACAACUUUACUGUGACAUUGUCUUGAUUUGGCCCGGUGAUGCUGUGCUUUUUAUCAAGUACUUCUAGCACUCCACCAACCAAUAGUAAUGCAUGAGCAAGCUGAUAAAGAGCUGUCUUUAAGUUCUAGAUUCCCUCUUUUCUACCGAAGCAGCAGAAAGAUUGUCAAUUCUGUGCAAAUUAUUGAACUAAGUAUUUGAAUAUUUUGAUUCUCA